AUGGCAAGAGCCAUGAGGGCCCAAGAAGAGCAGGCCCAUUAUGGAAAACCCAGCACUUGCCAAGGCUUGGAAAUCCAAGCCUCUUUGCCGAAAAUAAAUCCCAAGCCCAUGAUUCUCAACUCCUUGCCGAACGGCAAGGGUCAUGCUGAUUUCAUGGGAGGCUCACAUGCAAAAUUCAGCUCACCAAAGCCCGAUGCUCUUAAGCCCUUGCUAAACGGCAAGGGUCAUGCCUCGUGUUCCAGAGGCUCACACACAAUUCUUGCUCACCAAAGUGUUAUUGCUGAAGCUUCAAGGCCCCGGCCCCUACCGAAGCUCAGCUCCACAGAGCGUAGUCCCGGCCUCUCUGCUAAAAACCCAAGUACUCAGCUACCUACAGUUCUGGAGGCUCACACAGCUUUACCAUACUUUCCAAGUGGUGACGCAACUUCUAGCUUGCCAACUUGGGGGACUAGGGAAUGCCCUACGGCUCUUGCUGAAGCUAGAAUGCUUGGUCAUGAUUACACAAAAUCUAAUAAGUUCCCAACCCAAAAGUUACUUCUUGACCGCGAACUUGGGGGACUACUGCUUACACCAUAA